AUGGCAACUCAAGAUGUUGAUAGCAUUUGGCUAAAUAGAAAAAUCUAUGAAGACGCAGAAAUCACCUACUAUGAAAAUUUGGCAAAAGCAGCUCUAACCCCAUUGGCAGGUGAAGUAGCAAAAGCUCGUCAACGUUUAAUCGAAAGUAGGGACACUUUUACUUCCAACAUAGAAACCAUUGAUACUGGAGCCAUUAAGUUUUUUGAAAAGAAACUAGUUGAAUUUGAAAAAUCUCUAAAUGCCAUUAUCAAACAAUUAAACUCCAUUGAUGUCCGUGUUGCCUCCUUAGAAAAAACAAGCAAUCAGUCAAAACCAGUACAUCAAAUAAGCAUAGCAGGAGCACCUAAAACUUCAGAAGCAAAGAAGGAUGAAGAUGAUGAUGAUGUCGAUCUCUUUGGUUCUGAUUCAGAAGAAGAAAGUGAAGCGGCAAGCAAAUUAAAAGAAGAAAGGCUCAAGGCUUAUGAAGCCAAAAAAUCCAAGAAGCCCACCUUGAUAGCAAAAUCAAACGUAAUUUUGGAUAUAAAACCUUGGGAUGAUGAAACCGAUAUGAAACUUAUGGAAGAAAAUGUAAGAAAAAUCGUAGCCGAUGGUCUACUAUGGGGAGCAUCCAAACUAGUUCCACUAGCCUAUGGUAUCCACAAGUUGCAAAUAUCCUGUGUCGUUGAAGAUGACAAAGUUUCUAUUGAUUGGUUAACUGAAAAACUGGAAGAAAUUGAAGAUUAUGUACAAAGUGUUGAUAUUGCUGCCUUCAAUAAAAUAUAG